AUGAGUGAACAGCAGUACCAAGAUCCAAAAGAGAAAUUUCCUGCACUGGAGGCUACUGCCUCCUCCCUGGCCUACCGGCUGCAAAAAUCUAAACGUGAGGGCAAAGAUAUCAUUGGAUCCAUGCUGGGGGAGAAGCUGCAGAUUGAGGAAGAGCUGCUGGCAGAGAGAACCUCGUUGGCUGAGAGGCUGAGUGGCGUACGGGAGGUGAAUGUGAAUGAAGUCUUGCAGGACUCAUCUGAUGAAGGCCGUGAGACUUCCUCCAGGCUCCAUGACCUGUAUGAAUCCCAGCAGCCUCCCUACUGCACCACCUUCUUGUUGGAUGAUCAGGAUGUCUCCUCUGCUCCAUGUGUAGCCAGGGAGGACCCCAGUUACAAAGAGAAUAAGGCAACGACUGUUCUCCCAGAAAUGAAAAUUGAUCAGAAGGAAGGAAAACAAGAGCCAGUGGUUCUCAAAAUAAACCUUAGAAGGCACAGGAGGUCUGUGAGACAGCUCAGCCUCAGGAGCCUUGAUUCAAUGGACCUCUGCAAGUCAAGUGGUACAAAACUGUACUGGAAUUACAGUGACUGCUGGGGUUUUCCAUAUGUGCUGUGUGCCAUUGCUGUACCAUACAGGGAGAGGCUCAGCAGGGAGCUUCAGGAGGAGGGACAGAAUCAAGUCCAAAGUCAUACACUGGACAGUCAUAACUGGAUUCUUUCUAGUCCCCAUGGCUUGGCUGAUUCCAGUCACCCUUCUAGACACCUUGCCUUCUGGUCUGAUGAAUGUGAAGUUGGUUUCACUCGGGAUGGCACCAAAAAUCUACAUGAACCUAAGAAGGAUAAAAAGGAGCCAAUGACCUCCAGGACAGAAAAGUAUAAAAAGAAGGAAAUGAAUCAACUCCAGAAGAACACACCGGCUAAAGAGAACUUAACUACUUCUAAGCACACCCAGGAAACGGAGUGCCUGAGGAAGAUGCUGAAAAAUUCUCAAACUCUGCUUGAGAAGGUGAGGAAACAGGUGGAUCAGGAGAGGAUGGAAUGGAAACAGAUUACAGAGCGGUUUCAAGGAAUUCAGCAGAAGAUCUUGAAUAUCAAUGAUACAUGGACACUACACAAGGAAGAGUUUGACAGGAGAGAGCUAUUCCAAACAGUGGAAAUCAGUCGAGUUCAGCAGGACACACAGGAUAAACAGAAUUCAACUCUUCCUACUAUGUGUGAAUUGCCUGGCUCCGAGAUGCCAUUCAACAGUUCUGUUUCCCAGACGGAUAUGCCUGAAGUCUCUACUCUACCAUUGGACAAGCACAUCCAGGAAAAUGAAUGCCUAAGGAACCCUCUGGUCACCUCUAGGACCCAGCUCACAGGGCCAUCUAAAGAUACAGAUCCUCAGAGUGUGGAACGGCAUCAAAUUCAGCUUAACAAAGACUUUGAGGAGAUACUGAGAAAGAUCACACAUUUCAGCGAUGAAUGCAUAGCCCAGGACAAAGAAUAUUACAGGAGAGAACUGGCCUUCCAGGAGCAACUGAAUCAACUGUUAAAGAAAACAUCGAAUCAACAGAAUUUCACUUCUAUUAACCUGGAUUUGGUGGACUCCAAUCUGCCUCCUGGCAAUUCUGUUCCCCUAUCAGAUAUGCCUGAUGUCUCCUCUACCCUAAAUGAGGCCAAGAACAUCCAAGAAACCAAAUGUCUCUUGAAGACAGACGUCACCUCUUGGACCCAGCUUCACAGGGCAAUAAUAGAACUGGACCAACAGAAAGUGGAGCAGAGGAAGCUUACAGAAAAGUUCCAAAAGAAGCAGAAAGGCAUCACACAAUCGAAGGAUAAAUUGAGAGCCCCCGAGAGAGAAUAUUCCAGGCCCAUUUCUCAGUCAGAUGUGCCUGCAGGUUGCUCUACUGCUGAUAUGGCCAGGGAGUGUUGCCAUGAAAAGGAGAAGGCUCCCGCUGGUCUUGCAGAGCACAGUGAGGAAAUGGAAUAUCGAAGGAAGACUUGGGUCAUUCAAAUCCACAUACGCGAUUCAACAAAAGAGGUGGAGCUGGAAAAGAAGAAGCAGAAGCAGAUUACAGAGAAAUUGCAGACGUUGCAGAAGAAGAUCAUUCAGUUCAAGGAUAAAUGCAAAGUUCACAAGAAAGGCUGUUCCAGGAGAGAACUGUCCAUGAAGGGGAAAAGGAGUCAAAUCCAACAGAACACAUUGGAUGAACACGAUUUGACUCUUCCUAGUAAACUGGAAUUAUCUGACUCCAACUUGCAACCCGAAAGUUCCAUUUCCCUGUCAGAUCUGCCUAAAGUCUCACCUACUCUGGUCUUGAACUCUCUCUCAGGCAACAUCAUCCCUUGCAAGAACUGUGGCAUUCUCCCGAGACCAGUUCUUAAGCCUGGAAAUAGAGAUGAAAUGUCACAAUUUGGAAUGGCAGCUCGUUUUCAAAAAGCUCCAGCACACAUAGAAGAUCUCACAUUUCAACAAUAAAUGCGUAUCACUCAAGGAAGAACUGUUCAGAGCUGCAACCGCAGAAAGAUAGUCAAGAUUUGAAACAAUCACAUCAGAAGAAUGAGCUUUUCCAUUUGAUGGAAAAACUACAACAGCACAAUAAGUCACUGUGCAAAGAGAACACUGACUUAAUGUC